GUUGCUGGGAGAUGGAGUCUGUGCGUCCUGGGGCAGUGGCAGCUGCGGCAUCUGAAACGGGGCCGGCCCUUUCUGCAAUGCCCAAGCCAUGGCCACUACGGGCAGCAAUGGCAUCGGGUGCAGCGGUAGUAGUAACAGUAGCAGCAGCAGCCUGCCGGGCGCCGGGGAGGCAGAGCGGCCGCACCCGCGUCCGUUCCUGAUCGGGGUGAGCGGAGGCACCGCCAGCGGCAAGGUAGGUAAGCGGGGGCUCCCUGGCUACGUGGGCCGCCGCGCCCCUGCCAGAGUGCAAAAUAAAAAUGCAAAAACAACAACAAAAAAAUAACGAUAUUGCAAGCAAAGCAACAGAAUGUGAAUUAAUUCUCCUGAUUGCAUUGCAUUGCACUGCGGACCAGUUAAAACCUGUGCGCGAUUCUUGCAAAAGCUUCAAAUCCCUGAGAAUUUUCCCUAUAUCUCUCCUGACACCUUUAAACGUCGCGGAUGAUGAUGGUGAUGCUCAUAUUGCAUAUAUUCUUACAUUUGUAUCUCAUCUUUCCUCCAAGGGGGUCACGUGUAUUCUUCUCCCCUCCCCCGCCCCAUUUUAUCCUCACAACAACCCCGUGAGGUGGGUUAGGCUAAGACACUUAUGGAACUGGCUCAAGGUCACUCAGUGGGCUUCAUGGCUGGAGCAGGGAAGUUUUGAGCCUUGAUCUCUCCCAGGGCCUAGUCUGACACUUUUUAGUGCCUACUCCACAGUGGUUUUUUGCCUGUGAUUCCUGCUCCACCAUCCAGGGGCAGAUGAUGAUCUAUCAUCAUCAUCAUCAGACCUUUUAUUGGCAUCGCAUACAAACAUCCAAAACAAAUCAAUUCAGAAUUACCACUUCCCCAGUGGCACAAAACAUUUGCUAAAAGAAAGGAGGCAGAGCAGUCUAUCCUCACAUCUCUAGGUCUCCAGGGAGAGAUUAUCUAUUAUGAAACUAUUGAAACUUAAUCUUCAGAGCUCCUAAUCCCAGAGGGGGCGCAGAAGUGAGUUUAGUCCACAUAGCUUACAUUUUUUUUAAAAAAAGGACACCCCAAAUUUCCCCUAUUUUUCAUUUCCUCCCCCCAUAACUAGAAAACAACAAGGCAUAGGAUUUUUUAAUUAUUAUUCACACCAGUGACUUUGACAUGCAAGAUAAUCCAGUACAGCAAUUUUAAUCAAAAUGUGAGGUGCAGUAGUUACAAUUUCUUUGAAAAUUGUUGUGAUCUGUUGUGGAACAACCCACUGAAGAAGAUAAGAAUGGUUACCCAGACCUCGUUGCUGGUUGGGAAGGGCACACCAUAACAGUUCAAGCUUCAAGGCCCCCAAAAUGUAGGUCCUCCACUGCUCUCCCCCCCAAAAAUCCCCCCAAGUCCCUCAUUACUUUGCAUGAUAAAGCAGGCACUGUAAGGUUUCUGGUUUCUAGGGUCUUCUCCUUCUGUUCAGUUUAAAUUUAUGGUUACAUCUGCCUCUUCCUUCGUGGACUAUAGUGCUACGUUCAUUGUUUUAGGUAUGUUAGGCUGAGAAAUUUCGACCACGUGCGUAGGUGGGUUUGUUUUUCUGAUGUGUUCCAAAAUUCUCCUCCUCCUGGGCAGUCGACAGUGUGUGAGAAAAUCAUGGAGCUGGUGGGGCAAAAUGAAGUGGAUCACCGUCAGCGGAAAGUCGUUAUCCUUAGCCAGGAUCGGUUCUAUAAAGUGCUUACGACGGAGCAGAAGGCAAAAGCCCUGAAGGGACAGUACAACUUUGAUCACCCAGGUAUACCCAGUGGGGCAGCCGGGUAAUUUUUAGACAGUACACUUAGCAGUCCUAUGGAUGGGAAAGAGGGUCUCCCUCAGAGUGGACGUCUGCCCCCCAAAUUUUAUGCUUAUGGCAUCCAGCAGCAGUCUCACUUUGUGUUUUCCAGCCUGUGAUCUGGAGAAUCUUGGGAACAAAUAUUGUCUUAUAUUUUUAAAAAUUAAACCCAGCAUUCAUUUACAGUGGUACCUCGGGUUACAUACACUUCAGGUUACAUACGCUUCAGUUUACAGACUCCGCUAACCCAGAAAUAUUACCUCGGGUUAAGAACUUUGCUUCAGGAUGAGAACAGAAAUUGUGCUCCAACGGCGCAGCAGCAGCAGCAGGAGGCCCCAUUAGCUAAAGUGGUGCUUCAGGUUAAGAACAGUUUCAGGUUAAGAACAGACCUCCGGAAUGAAUUAAGUACUUAACCCGAGGUACCACUGUAUUUUUUUAAAAAAAAAACCUUGCCUUUGAAGAUGCCGUCCAUAGAUAGCUUUAUGUUGCAGCCAGCUAAGCCCUGUUCAGAGUAGACCCACUGAAAUUUAAGCACCUAAGUCAAGGCCAUCCAUUCCAGUGGUUCUACUCUGAGCAAGGCUAGCACUGCACAGAACCAUCGGCUUUUGCCCCCUUGUACAGGUGAAAUUGCCUCCACAUCCCACCUGUCAAACAGGUAAUAAAAGCCCUAUUUGUUAGUUGCUGCUGUGAUACGGGACCAGUAAUUCACAUCACCUGCAUGGGUCCUCAGUACAUGAGAUCAGACUGCGUGGAAGCAGCUUUUGUACCACCGUCAUAGUGCCUGACUUGCAGUGCAUCUUAAAUCUGAAACUGCCUCCGCUGCUGAUCCAGUUUCGUUUGGCCACCCUUAUUUUUUUGCAUUGCACAGAUGCUUUUGACAAUGAAUUAAUGCAAAUGACGUUGAAGAAUAUUGUGGAUGGCCAAACGGUUGAGGUUCCAACGUACGAUUUUGUGACCCAUUCCAGGUCAGUAUGCAUUUCUUUUUUUGGGGGGCAAAAUGUGGUCUUAGAAUUGUAGAGUUGGAAAGGACCCCAAGGGUCAUCUUGUCCAACCCUCUACAAUUGCAGGGAUCGCAGCUAAAGAAUCCCUGAAAGAUGACCACUUCCUGACGUAGCUUGUUCCCCUGACGAACAGCUCUUACCAUCAGAAAGAUCUUCCUAAGGUCAUUUGAAUUCAUUGGUUUGGGUCCUACCCUCUGGAGCGGCAGAAAACAAGCUUGCUCCCUCUUCCAUGUGACAGCCCUUCAGUUCUUUGAAUAUGGCUAUCCUAUCACCUCUCGGUCUCCUGUUCUCCAGGAUAAACAUCCCCAGCCCCCUCAAGCAUUCUAAAGUGCUGAAACGGGAAGCAUGGCAUUCCAGAUGUUCUCCCUGGGCAUUUGGAAGUCACACUGGGACCUUUCUUAACCACAUCUUGCCAUUCCGUGUCAUGUCCACUGCAGGCUGCCUGAGACGACUAUGGUCUACCCUGCAGAUGUGGUGCUUUUUGAGGGAAUUCUGGUAUUCUAUACUCAAGAUAUCCGGGACAUGUUUCAUCUCCGUCUUUUCGUUGAUACGGACUCAGAUGUCAGGCUCUCCCGGAGAGGUAACCCCUGGUUUCUUGGAAUUUAUUUAAACACUUUUACCACAGGGGUCAGAAACUUCCUUAGAUGUUGCCUCCACUAUCCCAUAAACCAUUGGCCAUGCUGUCUGGGGCUGAUGGGAGCUGGAGUCCAGCAACAUCUGGAGGGUCACAGAUUCCCCAGCCCUGAUAAAAAAAAGAUGUCUUUUCUCAUUAGGAAAUGCUUCUUCAGAGGUAAAGGUAAAAGGUAAAGGACCCCAUGACGGUUAAGUCCAGUCAAAGGCGACUAUGGGGUUGUGGUGCUCAUCUCACUUUCAGGCUGAGGGAACCGGCGUUUUCCCACAGACAGCUUUCUGGGUCGUGUGGCCAGCAGGACUAAACCGCUUCUGGCGCCACGGAACACCGUGAUGGAAACCAGAGCGCACGGAAAUGCCGUUUACCAUCCCACCACAGCGGUACCUAUUUAUCUACUCGCACUGGUGUGCUUUCAAACUGCUAGGUAGGCAGGAGCUGGGACAGAGCAACGGAAGCUCACCCCGUUGCGCAGAUUCGAACCACCAACCUUCUGAUUGGCAAGCCCAAGAAACUCAGUGAUUUAGACCGCAGCACCACCCUCAUCCCUAUGCUUCUACACAGAGGCAUUGAAGAGGAAUGCUGCUACUUCAGUCAGGAAUGGGGAAACCUAAGGCCUUUUGGAUGUUGCUGGACUUCCAACUCCCGGCAUCCCUGAUCCUUGGCCAUGUUGGCUGAGACUGAUGGGAGUUGGAGUCCCACAACAUCCAGAGGGCUGCAGGUUCCUCAUCCCUUGGGUAUACAGGAAGCAAUGUUCUAAAUAUGCUAGGGAGAAGUAGAAUGGAGACCAUGGAAGUAGAACCUAGACAUUGUGACUCGUAACCACUGAUAGCCUCUCCUCCACAAAUUUGAAGCCAUCUAAGGGGGAGGACAUCACUACAUCUUCCCCAACCUCCAGAUGUUCUGGACUAAGAACAUAAGGAGAACCCUUCUGGGUCAGGUCAUUCGUUCAUCUAGUCCAGCAUCCUGUAAUGGUCAACCAGAAGCCGUAAUGGGAAGCCCACAAGAAGGACCUGAGACCAACAGCACUUGUGAUUCCCAGCAACUGGUAUGCCAAGGCAUAUAUUGUCACCAACAUUGGAACACAGAACAUAGACGUUGUGGCUUAUAGCCAUCAAUAGCCUUAUUAUUCCCCAUGAAUUGGUCCAGUCCUCUUUUGAAGCAUUCUACAUUGCUGGCCAUCACUACAUCUUGUGGACUUGAACUGUGGUUGUAAUUCUGUGCUGCUUGAAGAAAGACUUUCUUUUGUCUCUUUAAACUGCCCUGUUUGGUUCCUCCGGCUGUAGUUCUCCGGGAUAUGAAGCGGGGAAGGGACCUGGAGCAGAUCCUGACCCAGUACACAACGUUUGUCAAGCCUGCCUUCGAAGAGUUCUGUUUGCCGGUACCAGAAGCUUUUAUCCCCCCUUCUCCCUCUCAAGCCCAUUUUGGAAGCAUGGAAGGCUGGUGGAGGAGCAUUUCCUCCUCGCAGUAUCUCUCUGGCUGUCUCAGGAGAGGCUUCAUAGACAUUGGCUUGGAAUCAAACCUAUGGUUUCGUCCCCCUCCCCUUCAUGUUAGGAAUAUAGGAAGUGGCCUUAAACCAGGUCAGACUGUUAGGUCAUCUAGCUCAGUAGUGUCUAUUCUGACAGCAGCUUUCCUGAGUCUCAAGCAGAGAGGAGGUAUUUUCCCCAUCAGCUGCUCCUUGGUUAUUUAUUUUAGCUGGAGAUGCUGAUCUGGGGCUUUCUGUGUCCUAAAUUGUGUUAUUCCACUGAGCUUAAUUGUGUGAUUCCCCGCUUUCUUCUGGGACAAAGCCUCACCUGGGAAUGGAACCCAGAGGGACUUCUUGCAUCCCAGAAAGAAUUGUGCCUCUUUGACAGCCUUCCCCAAACCCUGGUGCUAUCCAGAUGUUCUGAACUACAGCUCCCAUCCCUCCCUGGUUGUUGGCUGUGGUGGCUGGGGCUGGUGGGGUGUGUUCUCCAAAGUAGCUUGUGAAAAGUCAGCCCUGGGAACCUGUAAGCCUUGCAGACAUAGCAGACCUUCAGAACACUCCCCCAGGCUACAUCUCUCAAAGCCCUUGCUGCAAAGCAUAUAUUUCCCUGGCUGGAAUGCUUCCUUGAACUCCACUGAUGCCUCUCACUUGUCUGGGUGCUGGAGUUGAGUGCAUCAGUGUUUGUAUAGUAGGCUAGUUUCUACAAAGGUAAAAUUUAUAGGUUGCCCCAUCUGCUUUUGCCUCCAGUCCCACCCAUCACUGGAAUGUGGCUCUUGGAGGGUUGCCCAGAAGGGAACAGUAAUCUGAUCUGAGGAAGAUUCCUCUGUCAUAAAUGACACCAGUAACAAGAGGAAGCGUCUUCACAAAGUCCACAUGGACUUAGCCUCCUUGCUCCCUUUCUGCCCUAAAGGCAAAGGUCAGGUGUCUCCAGAGCAGCCUUCCCUCAAUUGGAACUCUCUAGAUGUGGUUGGGACUCUAGCUCUCAUCAGACUGAGCCAGAAUGGGCACGUUCAGGGAUGCUGGGAGUUGAAGUCCACCAAUGUCUAGAGGGCACUAGAGGCAGCUCUGGUGGUUUGUUCAUCGACUCACAGUUGUUGUAUUUCUUAUCUCCAGACCAAGAAAUACGCUGAUGUGAUUAUCCCUCGAGGAGUGGACAACAUGGGUAAGAGGCAUUUUUGCCGUUCUAGGCUCCUGAAGGCUCAUUUUGUAUAUUCAUUUCAGGCAAAGAAGAUGCACAGACUUCUGAAAUGAUGGUUAUUAGCUGGAAUUUUCCACCACCUGCCCCUCGAUUCCUUUGUAAUAAUUAGCAAUAAUGUAGAUGCCAGACCCUGUGCUUAGUUUGCCACUGACCUCUUGCCCCUUCCCAUAAUUAAUUCCUCCACUCACCUCUUGCCUUUCUUCCGGCAGUUGCUAUAAACCUCAUUGUGCAGCAUAUCCAGGACAUUCUUAAUGGUGACCUCUGCAAGUGGCAGCGUGGGACGAUGAACGGGCAUGGACGCUCCUCCAAGAGGCCCUUCCCUGAGCAAGUAGACAGCAGCCCACUGCUGGCUCCCGGCAAACGGUCCCACUUGGAGUCCAGCAGCCGCCCCCACUAAGGCGGCUGGAAGCCCCUCCCACACCAGCUGGACUUUUGACCGGUUCCAAGGUUCCCUUUGGAUGCCCUUCAGUGCUCCAUAUUCUCUUCCAAGAGGCGACGAAUCUGUGGUUUUAAACUGCCUUCUGUUUUUAGUUUCUCUCCUUUCAGAUGGUACCUAAAUCUGCCCCAGAAGUUAAAAAGAAAAGUGCUCCUUUUUUUGGUGUUCUCUCUAGUCUUUGCCUGCCAUGGUUUUUAAUUUUCUAGGAAAGAAAAUGGGUCUGCCACAGGCAAGCAAAUUGUCUUUGUGCUUAAAUUAUUCCCUAUUUCUCUCCCCCCAAUAUAAUUUGACACAGGAGUGAUGGCCAGAAGGCUGCUUUUCAAAGUCAAAUUUAUCUCCCCGCAAAUUCAUUUCAUUACAGCAAGACUUUUGCAUAAUAUUUUGAGAUAGGAAAGGGCCAUGUGGAAUGGUGUGCAAUUUCUCUUCUGCCGCGUAUUGUCUCUCUGCUAAGGGAAAGAAGAAAAGGGUGGCGAUUAGCUUUAAAAGCCAGAAUCAUUUUAGUACAAAAAUAUCCAGCAUCACCAUUAUCUUCUGGCAACCAUGGGGGCAGCCUGCCCCCUUCUAUCUCUCAAUUAUAUGGUGCUUUCUCAAGGACCGGGAUGGGGGUGAUAACUUUGGUGUUUUAAUGCACUCCACUAGGUAACGAUGGGAUAGACUUAGGAGGAUGUGUGUUUUUAAAUAUAAAGCAGCUGCCUUUUCACAGACUGCAUCUAGCUAACAUAGGGAGAACUGACUGAGCAGUUCUGCGCUCUCUAUAUAGCAAGACAAGGGGCAACCACUGAGAUCAGUUGUGGGCAAUGGCAGAAUCCAUCUCUUUAUGGCUUCCAGUUGACUUGUAGUUUUAACGAGUGGUAGAUUCUUCUUUGAUCAGUAAUCACCACUAAGUAAACAGUGUUUGCCUCAUCUAAAAUGUUUUUCCAUUAAAAUGCAUUUGUGCUGCUAUCGCUGCCACUACCAGGUGGCAUUUUUCAAAGUUCGGAGAUCUUGUUUUGACGUUGGAAAAUACCUGGUCAGUGGUUUUUAUAGAGUCAUUUUAACCCCCAGGCAAGUGAUAAAAGUGAGGCCUUGCCAGCUCUACAUUUUCUAAAAGCAAGGCUUGACUUAGUUAGUUAGUUGGUUUGUUUUGGCUUUGUUAAUAAAUAAAAAAACAUGGAAAAAUGCCA